GGCCCAGGCAGUCACAGGCAAGGCACUAGGCUGUUUGUGUUCCACGCAGGGUGGACGGAAGCGGCCGCUGAAAAUGAGAGCCGGCGUGUUGUGGCUCAUCCCUUUCUUCGCGCUGGUGGACACCCAGGGCGGCUUCUUGGGGGGAAGCGAUGGCGUGAAGACCCAAAGAGCACACGGUGCGGACCAGAGAAAACCUGCAGUUCAGGAAUAUGAGCUGCUGCUGCAGAUGACCUACCGAGAUUCCAAGGAGAAGAGAGCGUUGGAGAGCCUCCUGCAGCUUUUGAAAUCUCCAUCGCCCUGCCUGCACGUGCCAGUGAAAAUGAUCCGGGCGAAGGCCACCACGUACUGUCGCCGGCGGCGCCGAGGCCUGAGCUGCUUCUGCGAAGACGGCUACGCCUGGUUUCCUCCCUCGUGUCUGGAGCCCCAGCGCUGCCGCCUCCGCACCGAGGGGGCCGUCACCCGCUGCCAGUGUCACCACGGCAGCAGCCUGGGCCGGAGCGUCAACUUCUGCGAGAGAGCGAAGGUUUGGGGCACUUUCAAAAUUAACGAGAGAUUUACAAAAGACCUUUGGGAUUCAUCCUCUGUUAUAUAUGCUGACUAUAAGAACAAAAUUGAAAGUCAGCUUCAGGAAGUCUACGAAGAAAUUCCAGGCUUUGACUCUGUUCAUGUUACCCAGUUUCGGGAAGGAAGCAUCGUGGUGGGGUACGAGGUCAUUGGCUCCAGCAGCCUUGAUGAGCUGCUCUCCAGUAUCAUGCAGAUGGCUGGCAAGGCAAAGGCGGCCCUGGGCAAGCUGUUUCCGCUAGAAGACGGCUCUUUCCGCGUGUUCAGGAAAGCCCACUGCAACAGCGUUUCCUUCGGCUUUGGGGCUGAGGAGGAGGAGUUUGCCCUGCCCUGCUCCAGCGGCUACUCGGGGACCAUCACAGUCAGGUGCCUGGCCGCCGGCUGGCAGGUCCGCAGGGACUCCUGCGUGCUCUCACGGCUGAAGGAACUGCAGAAGAGUUUCAGUGUGAUUGCAGGCAAUGCCACUGAGGAAGACGUGUCAUCUCUGGUGCAAAAUCUUUCGGACAUCAUUCAGGAAAGCCCAUCGACUACAGCAGGGAACCUGGCUGCCGUGGUGUCGAUUCUGGGCAAUAUUUCCUCCCUGUCCAUGGCAAAGCAUCUCAAGGUGUCCAAUGUGACCCUGAAGAACGUCAUCGGCAUAGCCGACCAUAUUCUCAAUUCGGCAUCAGUGACCAACUGGACCGUUUUAUUGCGAGAUGACAAGCGUGCCAGCUCACAGUUACUGGAGACAUUAGAAAACAUCAGCGUCCUGGUACCUUCCACGGCUCUGCCUCUGACUUUUUCUGGGGAAUUCAUCGACUGGAAAGGGAUCCCCAUGACCCAAAGCCAAGACCACCGCAGCUACAGCUAUGAGGUUGAGCUGUUCCAGCAGAACUCCUCUGUUCCCGUCACCGGCCGCGUGUUCAUUCAGGCGGACCAAUUCCAGACAUCCCUCCCAGAGGCCAUCGUUAGCAUGGCCUCAUUGACCUUCGGGAACAUUCUACCCACCACGGCAAGUGACACGGCCCAGGUGAACGGCCCUGUGAUAUCCACGCUCAUCCCCAACUUCUCCCUCGGAGAGAUCUUCCUGCGCUUCUCCAAGGCGCGGCCCCACCGCCGCCAGCCCCGCUGCGUGUUCUGGGACUUCAGCCGCUUGCGGUGGGACGGCGCCGGCUGCCACCUCGUGAACGAGACCCCAGAGGCCGUGCUGUGCCGCUGCACCCACCUGACCUCCUUCUCCAUGCUGAUGUCGCCCUCUGUGCCCCCCGAGAUCGUCCCCACGGUCACCUGGAUCACCCACGUGGGGCUGGGGGUGUCCGUCGUGAGUCUGCUCCUGUGCCUGGCCGUCGAGGCUCUGUGCUGGAAGCAGACGAGGAAAAGCCCGACGUCCUUCUCGCGCCACGUUUGCCUGGUGAACAUCGCCCUGUCCCUCCUGGUGGCCGACGUCUGGUUCCUCGUGGCGGUGACCCGGGACCCCGCCCUGGACGCCUCUGGGGUGUGCAGCGCUGCGGUCUUCUUCACGCACCUUUUCUACCUCUCUCUGUUCUUCUGGAUGCUGGCGCUCGCCCUCCUGCUGGCGUACCGCGUCCUCCUCGUGUUCCACCACACGGCCAUGUCGCUGAUGAUGGCGCUCGGGUUCUGCCUGGGCUACGGGUGCCCUCUCCUCAUCGCCGUCGUCACCGUCGCAGUCACCCUGCCCAGCCGUGGCUACCAGAGGACAGACGUGUGCUGGCUCAACUGGUCCCCCUCCAGCAAGCCCCUGCUGGCUUUCGUGGUCCCCGCCUUGGCCAUCGUGGCUGUGAACUCGGUGGUGGUGCUGCUGGUUCUCAGGAAGCUCUGGAGGCCGGCCGUCGGGGAGGGGCUGCACCGGGACGACAGGGCCGUGGCCCUCCGCGUGGGGAAGAGCCUCCUCAUCCUCACCCCUUGGCUAGGCCUCACCUGGGGCUUUGGGAUAGGAACCAUGGUGGACAGCCGCAAUGCGGCCUGGCACGUGCUGUUUGCCCUGUUCAAUGCAUUCCAGGGCUUUUUCAUCCUUUGUUUUGGAAUUCUCUCAGAUGGCAAGCUGCGACAAAUUCUGUGCAACAAACUCUGUCCAUUAAACUCCUGGAAGCAAACUUCAAAGCAAAACUCGUCCGAUACCUCUUCCAAACCCAAAUGCUUAAAGCCUGUGCACCUCCUACAAAACAAAGGCCAUUACACACUUUCUCAUUCUGGAAGUUCCUCUACCAGUAUCACACUGACUCAGUUUUUGUCAAAUGAAUAAGACAGAUCUAUAAACUCAAGGAGAACAUUUUUGGGGGAGCAACUUGACAUUUAGAGCCAAGUGUCAGCGAAGGCAUUAUACCUAGAAUCCGAUGGAAUGUUCUGAUUUAAGAGCCUCAGAAAAAGACAGAUGAUUUCUAUGGCUUUAGCACUCACCGCCUCCUUGGUCUGAAAUGAAACAGAAAGAGAUUUUAUUUCCUUGUAGUUUCUUCCUAGGAAAUUGCUCUAUAAAUACAGAAGAGUAUCUUUUGUUGGAAUGUGUCUCAGUUGUAUCUUCCUCUUGUGAGUACGAGUAGAGUCGCUUUUUUCAUAAAAUAACAUUAUUUUCAAUAGUCCAGAAAUAAAAAAAUAUGGA